ACAAAACUGUAACUGUAAGUUCAGACAAACUUGAAGUAAAUGAGUGUAUUAGAUGGCCCACAAACUAUUUCGUAAAUAGACUAAAAAACCGGUGUCUCUACUUGUUAUACUGCACCCGCUGAAUAAUCUUGUUGGCGAUGGCUGGCAACAAUUUCCUGAACGCACUCAUGAUAAUGGUAAUUUUUUUCAUGGCUCUUACUUUUACUUAUACUAUUUCGUAUCCAGUCUUAUUAUUAUACACAUGAAAAACGUCAAGAAUGCUAAUUCCUACCUUGCAAUAAUCAUUGACAACACAAAGCAAAAUGUUGUUACUUACCGUUAGGUCACCACCAACAUUUUUGGAAGCUCCAGAAUAAGCAGUUCCAGAAGAAGAAUCCUAAAUUAAACAACGUUAACGCGUGUUUAAUUUACAUAUCCUACGACUAAUUAAAAAGAUACUGACAAUUUCCGAUAAUUCAUUUGGAAUUAUUUUACUAUAGUACUCCCUUACUAUACGACCCUUUCCAAAUAAGUUCCUCUUUCAAUAAGCCCAUUCCUUAGUAAACAAACUUUUUAAUCUCCCUCCUGUUUUUUAAUCGAAUUAAAUAAACGUACAAUACUAAUACAAAAGUUUGUGUCCAUGCCAUAUUGGCUGAUUCAAAACUUCACAAAAUUUAUGAUUCUACCUAAUUGAACAUCCCUUUUCCGAUGCAAAUUGGAACCAAUUUGUGCUGAAACAACUUAUUUAGUAUUUCUUAACUCUAAGACUAAGUAAAUGGUACGUUGUGUUACAUAUCAGUGUUUAUGCCGUGGUUUAUAGAAUAAUCUGUGACGAUGUUCGUGUUACAAAAAAUUUUUAUAAAUAUUUCUGUUACCCCCACUGGAAGAAAAUUUGAAAACCCAUAGAAGGUCAUAAAAUGGAAAUUGUAUGGACCUUUACUGGAAAUAGAAUGGAUUUUGAUUAUCCAUAAUAAUUGUAUAUUUCCAUACCAAGGAUAUAGUAUCGAAAUAGUAUGUACAUACUAUAGAUUUCGCGGUGCAAUUGCAAAUUUCAUAAAAUGGAUUUCAAUUUUUUUUCUAGCGCCCAUUGCUUAAUUCAUGGGGCUUUGAAAAGGCUCAAGUCGUGUUUGUACGUAUAAUUUCUGAUAUGCGCAUUUCCCUGAGGCUGAGAACUUUUGUACAUUCAUCUGAAAAUUUUUAUACUUUACUAGAAAAGCAUGCAUGCAGUAACCCCUCGCUAAUAUUUCCCAAACAUUAAAUUAACAUGAAGUAUUUAGAAAUGGCCGACACUGAACGCAGGCUCACGCUCAAGUGUUGCCGAUUGCAACACGAUAUCUUACCGUCGUUCCAGUUGAAGUGUUCCUCAAAUAUUGAUUCAAUAGAUUACCUCGGGCUGACCAAUUCAUUUCAUCAAGUUCCUCGAAAUAUUCAUACACUUCCUAGUAUAAUUGUAAACUUCCUGUUGAAUAGUUUGAAUGCACCAAUCACCUUUGUUGUUUAUGCAACUAACCAAUCAUAAAUAGAAAGGAAGUGACCGGAAAUGAUCAAAUUCUUGGAAUUGGCUCUUUCACAGGAAGUGUAUGAAUAUCUCGAGCAACUUGAUGAAAUGAGUUGGUCAGCCUGAGGUAAUGUAUUGAAUCAAAAUUUGAGGAACACUUCAAUUGGAACAAAAGUAAAUUAAAAGACACGAUAUGCUCAAGUGUUGCCAUGACAACACGAUAUUCUUAAAUUUUUAAUUUUUUCAUAUUUUUUGUAUAAAACAGCGAAAAUAGUUGAAAGAUUCGUACUUUUAACUAUACAACAAUACAUUUCCGAAAUAUACACUGUAGGUAUAUUAUUUUGCAUUUUGUGAGCCUUGAUUUAAUGUAAAAUUUAACUUGAAACACUUCGUGAAAUUUUUGAAAUGUUCAUUAAACUAACCUACAUUUGCCGAUAAACUGUUUUACACACAAAACAAAUUGUUUAAAAGGUAAUUUUAGUUCAGUCUGCAAAUCAAUUUGUUCAAAUUAAACGGUAAUUUAUGACUUAGAGCUUCGUUAAGAAGGAAAACAGUUCAUGUUCUUAGGCAAAAAGUUAGAGCAACAAAAUUCAAAGCAAACUUGCCGUAUAUUUCACGAUUUCCCAUUUUCCCAUAGCAAAUCAAUUCUUCUCAUUUCUUCAAACAAAAUUGCUUCAAGCUUGUUGUGUAUGAAACAAUUUUCCAAAUAUAUGUCUUUUAAAAUUGAAAUCUUGCUUAUCCCACUCCCACAAGCAAUCAGCCAUAUUUUUGAGAUCAGUGAGGAUGACCACCCACUCAAGUUCGUUGGUCACGCCCGCAAUAUUUGAUGAACUUUAGACUUCGCUAAUACUUUCGUUUCCCGGGUGUAAAUAGCCAGGGGGAAUUAGUACUCUCGCACGGCGCUUCGCGACGUCGGCUCGGGAACUACCUGCAUGCCAACCUCUUAUAUCUAUCUACCAGUUUUAAAUAUGGUGAAAUAUUGAAUUAAUUAAAAGUAUUUCCAACGAUAAUUGGAGCAUCCAGUCUCUGUUUGGCAGUGUCCACAUGUUUAGAUU